UGUGUAUAUAAAGAGCUGUGUGAGGAAAUGACCGUGCCACGCCAGUACACACGCGCAUACGCACACACACACACACACACACACACACACACCUGUCGAGGACAUUCUGUUAUCAUGACAUUUAACGGAGCAUGGAAAGUGGACCGCAAUGAGAACUAUGAAAAGUUCAUGGAGCAGAUGGGCAUUAACCUGGUGAAGAGGAAACUUGCAGUCAAUGACAACCUGAAGAUCACACUCGAACAGACUGGAGAUAAGUUCCAUGUGAAGGAGGUCAGCACAUUCCGCACCCUGGAGCUCAACUUCACGCUGGGAGUCACGUUCGAGUAUGCACUCGCUGAUGGAACUGAACUCUCCGGCUCCUGGGUGAUGGAGGGUGAUGUUUUGAAGGGAUCCUUCGUCCGGAAAGACAAUGGAAAAACUCUGACCACCGUCAGGCAGAUUGUGGGCGGUGAGCUCGUACAGAGCUACAACUAUGAAGGCGUAGAUGCGAAGAGAAUUUUCAAGAAGGAAUAAAUGCAGCAUAAUUGAAUCAGCGAGAGAAAAAUCUCACCUUCCAUCACAUCGUCUCAACCAUAACCUGUGCAGCUUUAUUCCAUGGCUGUUCCCACAGCGUCUCGGUCUUCACUUCCACUGCUUCUGUUAAUAUUUAAGGAAAUAAAGGAAAGUCACUUUUGAA